CGGGAAUCUGGUUGGUGGCGGCUACUUUCUGAGCGGCGGGAAUGGAGGCGUCGCGCUGCCGCCUCGGACCCAGCGGGGACAGUGCCUUUGAAGAUGAGGCUAUGAAGCUUCGACAGCUGAAACUCGAUAAUCAGAGAGCACUGCUGGAGAAGAAGCAGAGGAAAAAGCGCCUGGAGCCACUCAUGGUGCAGCCAAAUCCAGAAGCCAAGCUACGUCGGUCAAAGCCAAGAGGUAGUGAGGAGCAUACUCCUUUGGUGGAACCUCAUACCCCUCACAACAAUGUCAUCCUACAUGGCAUUGAUGGUCCAGCUGCUUUCCUGAAGCCAGAUGCUCAAGAUGCAGAAACCAAACUUCAUGUUCUCUCAGUUGGCUCUUCUGCCACAGAAGAGGAUACUGAAGGAAGUGUUGAUGGGGAAAGCACUUUGGAUACUGCUUCUAAGCCAGAUCUUCAGGAGAUUCUCCAAAAACACGGUAUCUCAGGUAGUUUGAACUUUGAUGAGGAGACUGAUGGGGAGGAAGAAGAGGGAAAAAAAUUAUCUCAUUCACCACGUUCAGAGGCAGAGAGACCCAGUUCUGCAUCCAGCCAGAAAUCAACCACAGAUACAGGAGCUUCUGGUACUUCAGCCCAACAAACUGAUAACCAACUGGGAGAAGUAAAAGAUUUAGAGGACUUUGCUUAUAGUUCUGCUCCUCGAGGUGUCACAGUAAAGUGUCGGAUAACCAGGGAUAAAAAAGGAAUGGAUCGGGGUCUCUUCCCCACUUACUAUAUGCACUUGGAAAAGGAUGAAAAUCGGAAGAUAUUUCUUCUUGCUGGUAGAAAACGGAAAAAGAGCAAAACAUCCAACUACCUUAUCUCCACCGAUCCAACAGAUUUAUCUCGUGAAGGGGAAAGUUAUAUUGGCAAACUCAGAUCCAACCUCAUGGGGACCAAGUUUACAGUUUAUGACCAUGGUGUCAGCCCAGCCAAGGCCCAAGAAAAGGCCCAUGCCCGGCAGGAGCUGGCAGCCAUCUGUUAUGAAACAAAUGUGUUUGGAUUUAAAGGUCCUAGGAAGAUGUCUGUGAUCAUUCCAGGGAUGAAUAUGAACCAUGAACGGAUCCCAUUUCGGCCACGAAGUGACCAUGAGAGCUUGCUUUCAAAAUGGCAAAACAAAACCAUGGAGAACUUGAUUGAGCUGCACAACAAGGCCCCAGUGUGGAAUGAUGACACGCAGUCCUAUGUCCUGAACUUCCAUGGCCGGGUCACUCAGGCAUCUGUGAAGAACUUUCAGAUAGUCCAUGAAAAUGACCCUGACUAUAUUGUCAUGCAGUUUGGACGUGUGGCAGAUGAUGUUUUCACUCUGGACUACAACUACCCGCUGUGUGCACUCCAGGCCUUCGCCAUUGGGCUUUCUAGCUUUGACAGUAAGCUGGCAUGUGAAUGAGACAGAAACACCUACACAGCUGGACUUCCUCACUGCAGAGCUUUCGGGAGCAGAUAGUUGCCUCCCUGGCUCUCAGCCCAGGUCAUAAAAAGAGACAGUCUGUCCCUCUUGGAAUAAUCCCCGAAUGUAUGUAUGUAUAUGUGUCUAUACAUAUAUGUGUGUGCAUAUACUAGCAUACAUAUGUACACACACACACUUCUCUGCCUUUCACAGAUCUGGUCAAGGGGUGCAGUUUACCAGUAACAUAGGUGAGGCAUUAUUCAAAGUACAGGAAGGUUCUUGUCCAGAACACAUUGACUCCUGAGGUUAUUGCCUCUAACAGAUUCUAUGCCUCAAAGUUGGAUUUCCUGUGCUUGGAAACUUGCAACUAGAAUCAGGUUCUAAUAAUUAGAUGCUUGGGUCUCUCUUUUGAAGACCUUUUCAGAGAAGGGACAGUUCCCUAAAUUCACUUUAGUCUCUAGGUCUGCAAAUGUUUUCUGUAAACGGCCAGAUCAUCUCUCUUAUAAUUAAUUACUCAGUGCUGUCGUUGCAAAAGCGCCCUAGUCUGUUCCUACAUGAGCGAGUGUGGCCGUGUUCCAGUGAAACAGGCAGUAGCCAGGUUUGGCCUGUGGGCUAUAGUUUUCCAACCUCUGCUUCAGGUAUAUCUCUGUACUCGCUGGACUUGGGCAUUUCCAAAAUGGCUUGUAAUCCUGAGAUUAUAUAAGUGGGAAAUGGGUAUCUCUAGGAAGCAAUAGCAGAUUGGAUCCAGAGUCACUCGGCUGCAUUCACUGUUACAAAGCAUUACCUUGUUUUGGUGACAAUGGUUCCUAGGAUAUCAUUUACCAUCAGAACUGGGAAACCCAAAGUCCGUGAUAAUUCUGUCCACACAGGUGGCUUAAUUCUGCUAUCCUACCUAACCCACCCACGGGACAAGGCAAUGCCAGCCACUUUACCUACCCUGAGAAGAACUAAUGCACAGUAGGAAAUUAGACUAGAAUUGUCUUCAUCACAGGGAGUGUGGUAUUUGUCUCUUACGAGUUAACCUUAUAGUCCCAUGAUGCUUGGAGGUACUGAUGUUGCAGUCCCCCUCUUCCCUUUCUUCCCUCACAGCAGAUUGGCUGGCACCAAUCUCAGUCAGAGUGGCUAUGGCCAAACUGGUGAUCAGUGAUGUGAGGAUUUUAUAUAGUUGUCUUAAUUUUAGUUUACACUGAAAACAAAAACCUAAGAGGUGAUUUAGUCCAAGAUUGAGAGGAAUUUGACAGUUGCCUUCACUUUCAACCCAGGAGUGCCUCCCACAGCUAUAUUACUAUGGAGACAUUGGUAUAUAGAAGGACACACAUACCUUUCCAGUGGUUCUCAACCUUCUGGCCCUUUAAAUACAGUUCCUCAUGUUGUGACCCCACCAUAAAAUUAUUUUUGUUGCUACUUCAUAACUGUAAUGUUGCUACUGUUAUGAAUCGUAAUGUAAAUAUCUGAUAUGCAGGAUGGUCUUAGGCGACCCCUGUGAAAGGGUCGUUCGACCGCCAAAGGGGUCACGGACCACAGGUUGAGAACUGCUGCUUUAGACCAUGUAAGAAGAGAUCAUUAUGUAUCAAAACUUCCAUUGUCAUUAUCAAGGGAGGUGGCAGGUGAGGGUUGGUGAGGACUAGCCAGCUGACUGUGAGCCCUGUGGACCUUGUUGGGCAGAACUUUGGGCCUUUCUUCUUGACAUAAAUACCAGCUCCCUAAAGCCUGUUCACUGGUACAAUCGAGCUCUUGUCACUCUUCCUCACAGAUCAUGAGUUUUGCUAAGUUGUUGAGGUUAUUAGCACCUCCCAACAAAACAUGGCUCUGCUACCAGCUCACCGGUCUCAGAGUGUAUCUGAAUCUUGAGAAUCCAGUAACUCUGUGAGUUCUGCAUUCAGUAUUGCUCAGCUCCCAAGCCUUUGUGCACUUAGCUGUUUGCCAGCACGGGGCAGGGAAUCAGUGGCUGAGGCGCCAUUCCGGUUCCCUUCUGUGGGCUUGCUUUUUGCCUUUGCUUCCUGUGGCCCCGUGCUCCACAUCAAACAGCAGCGUGGAAGCAGGAGGUCUGGGAGAUGAAAAGGCCCUUGCCCCCCCGCUGGAAAGUCUGUGCUGUGUUUUGACAAGAUUGGUUUCUAUCUCAGGCAUGCCUGCUUCCCAUCAAGUGCCUCCUUCAUAGAAGUGCCCAAAGCCCUUCAGACCUCUGGCACCACCUUCCUCAAGUACUGUCAAAUGAGCUGCCCUCCUUGAAAACAAAGCUGUUCAGUUAUCCC